AUGAUUUCAACAUCACACAAGUGCAGGAAUUUUGUGUCCGAACCAAUGGGAAACAAAUCAGUUUCUGCCCUGGCUGGAAUCGGAGCAACACUUGGAAGAAAACUAGAAGAACAAGGUUUUGAUAAGGCCUAUGUAGUGCUAGGCCAGUUUCCUGUUCUGAGAAAGGAUGAUGAAUUACUUAAAGAAUGGUUGAAAGAUCUUUGUGGAGCCAACAGCAGACAAGCUGGACAGUGCGUCUUCUGUUUACAGGAAUGGUGCAACGCUUUCCUGUAG